CCGCCUGCAGCCGAGGGCGCCCGGCCGCGACGUGGCUCUGCCGGGGCUCCUCGCCGCCUUUUUCCGGGCGGGGCUGACGGAACCUCAGCGAAACCACCGGGAACGAACCCCGGAACCGGGCGGGAGCGGACACCCCCCCCCCCACCACCACUACCACCGUCACCCCUCCACCGCUUUCCCCUCACCGCUCCGCCGAGAACGGCGAUCUGCCGGGACGGAGCGAGGCAGCGCGGGGCCCGGCCGCCGCUGCCCCCGCCGCCCCCGAAUCCCGAGCCCCACCGCAACCGACCGGUGGGCACCGGGCCCCGCCGGGUCCCUCCUCGUUCCCCCGGGCCGCGGCGGCUCCCUGACGCCCGCCGUUGUGAUGCGUAUUCCCGUAGACCCGAGCACCAGCAGGCGCUUCACACCUCCCUCCACGGCCUUCCCCUGCGGUAAGAUGGGCGAGAACAGCGGGGCGCUGGGGACCCCCGCCCCGGGGGCCCGGGCUCGACCCGAGGUCCGCUCCGUCGUGGAUGUACUGGCCGAUCACGCCGGUGAACUGGUGCGCACCGACAGCCCCAACUUCUUGUGUUCGGUGUUACCGUCCCACUGGAGGUGCAACAAGACGCUGCCCGUCGCCUUCAAGGUCGUAGCCCUCGGAGAUGUUCCCGAUGGGACGGUGGUCACGGUGAUGGCAGGGAACGACGAAAAUUACUCGGCCGAGCUCCGCAACGCCUCCGCCGUGAUGAAAAACCAAGUAGCCAGAUUUAACGACCUCAGAUUUGUUGGGAGAAGUGGCAGGGGAAAAAGCUUUACCCUGACGAUCACCGUGUUCACCAACCCCACCCAAGUCGCUACCUAUCACCGAGCCAUUAAAGUGACUGUAGACGGACCCCGGGAGCCACGAAGGCACAGACAAAAGCUAGAAGACCAAGCCAAACCCUUCACCGACCGCUAUGGGGAGCUGGAACGGCUGCGCCAGUCCAUGAGAGUCACCCCAACAACACCCAACCCCCGCGGAUCCCUCAGCACCCCAAGCCACUUUGGGUCCCAGGCUCAAACUCCAAUACAAGGCACGUCAGAUCUGAGCCCCUUCUCUGACCCCCGGCAGUUCGAUCGCUCCUUCCCGACGCUGCCGGCUCUCACCGAGACCAGGUUUUCCGACCCACGGAUGCAUUACCCCGGCGCCAUGUCCGCUGCCUUCCCUUACACCGCAACACCCUCCGCCACGGGGAUUGGGGGCAUCAGCAUGACCAGCAUGCCCACCACGACGCGCUUCCACCACACUUACCUGCCACCCCCCUACCCCGGCUCCACGCAAAACCAAAGUGGACCCUUCCAGGCCAACCCCUCUCCCUACCAUUUGUAUUACGGCACGUCUUCGGGCUCCUACCAAUUCUCCAUGGUGGCAGGCGGCGAGCGCUCCCCCACCCGGAUGCUCUCUUCUUGUACAAGUGCCUCAGCGGGGAACAACUUAAUGAAUCCCAACCUGGGCAAUCAGAACGACGGGGUGGAUGCAGACGGGAGCCACAGUAACUCGCCGACAACCAUGACGACUACUGGGAGGAUGGAUGAGUCGGUCUGGAGACCCUAUUAGGAGGAACUCAGCUGGGCACCGAUAGCUUUAACUUAAUCAGCCACCAUUACGUUACUCCAUUUGGUAGUGAAUAGAGCAAAAUGAUGCCUAGGGAAAAAGGAAACCAAAGUCUCCCAAACCAAAAGUAAAUCAGGAUCCUCUGCAUGCAAGCAUGGGCAAACAUCAAGCGAAGAUGGACCAGGACCUACGUUACAUUUCAAGAUGAACAUCCACGGGGCUUGAAUUUGUCGCUUGAUGUGGUUCCAUCCGUAUGUUUUAAGUAUGUGGAUUGUACAUAGGGAAAAAAAAAAAAAGGACGUGUGGAAUCAGAUGUUUGUUUCUUGCAGAAAACUUCUCAGUCAUCUCACUUGCACCUCUUCCCCACACAAAGCAUUCAAAAGUUACAAAAAGCUCACCCUUCUUCUGCAGAAUGUUUCAGAGAAGAGAAAAGACCAGGGAGUCGUCCAAGCCAUCUCUCUGCCAAUGCAGGAAGACUGAACUGAAAAAAAAAAAGGAAAAAAAAAAAAAAAAAAGAAAAAACCCCCGUUGUCUCCUCUCCUUCCCUCCCCGCCAGUGUAGGGCCCCUGACCACCAAAGAUCUCCGGGAUGACACCAGAGCCGCGCGCGGCACCUGAGAGUCUGGUUUACAGCACAACCGCGGGACUCGGGCACGCGCGGGGGCUACACGCUCCUCGCGGGUCGGCCGGCAUCAGCCAUGUGAACAAGAGCUGUGAUGUGAUUAUUAUUAUUUGUUGUUGACGACAGAGGUUGUAUUGUUCAUUUUUGUCAUUGUCGUCAUUUUUAAAACAGUAACGUGGUUGAUCCUGUGCCUGACAGACCCCCCCUUUCCUGUAUGUUUACAUAUGAGAUGUACUUUUUACGAGACGUGUUUUGUUCUGUUUGCUCUUUUGUCCUGACCUCACCAUUCAAUUCUUUGCUCCUCUUAGCAAAUCUCAGUGAUGGUGGCUGAAGUGAAGGCGGCGUUCAGGACAAUCCAAGAUGUAUAAGAUGCACUUCCAAGCGCGUUAGCUGCAAAAGGGACUCAGGAGCCUUUGGCAUGACCCUGCCACCGGUCUCUGGGUCUUCCUUUCAUCCUCUCUGAGUGGCAACACAUGCAGCUGGUGGCAAAGCAUCAUAUUCCUGUUAUGAUUCUUUCCCAUGUUUUCACCCAGAGCGGAUUGACACAUGGUGACUUUUUUUAAGGAACGACUUACACUUGUCAGUUCGUACUGAAAGCUCUAACUGAGAUUUGGAGAAAGGAGCAAUUUCUACUCAGUCCCUUGGUGGUGGGAAUAUUGUGAAGCAAUGUUAUCUAGCCUUUUCCAUCCCCUCACCCUCCUUUCCUUUCCCCCAAGUGACCCAGAGCAUGGGUAUCUUGCUGUAGAUGAAUAAGCUGAGGAAGGGGCACUAAAGGUACCGCUGGCCCAUCGGUAGCUGGUUCGCAUCAUGUGGCAUUUGGAGGAGCCAGGUCUCCCGGGCACCACACACCCUCGUAGCUGAUACCAAAGAGAUUGCAACCUGAACGGGACCACGACGGGAGGUCGUAGGCAGCCGGAGAGGCGGCAGGGGCCCCCCCAAGGCCGGGUUAGUGGCCUGGCUCUGAUGCAUGCCACAGGUUUACAUCGCCUGGCAUGAGCUGGCUGUGCUUUCUCCUGGCGUGGGAAUUCAGGCUGGAUUCGGGAUUCCUCGUGCUGGCAGGGCUGAGGGUGCAUGGGCAGGUUCCUGGGGAGCAUGUAACUGUGGUACCCACUGCCCUCUGGAGCCUACCCUGCAGCAAGGGGAUGCGGACAGUCCCCAGCCCCCAGUGCCACCAGUUACCAAGUCUUUUUUUUUUUUUUUUUACAUGAGCAUAAGGAAAUUGAAACCCCACAGCUGCUCUCCCGGCCCCUCUGUCUAAGUUACACCAUUACGGCCACGCUACCUAUCACCAAAUCUCAGUUGGCAGCUUGUCAGCACUCGGUUGAGGUACAGAGCGUUGUAAUUGCACUACCACGUCAAGACUGGAGCAAGACAUCCUGGCUUAGUUGGAAAGCUGCGAUGACCACUCAUGAGUUAAAUAAGCAACAAGAAGAACAACUCUUUUAAAUAAUAAUAAAAAAAAAGCCCUACCCCAGCAAAACUGCAACCUUCACUUGCCUUAGCGACAGCGAGCAUCUCUCCGGUGCUCGCCAGCUGUAGAAACUGGACCACAGCAGCCUGUGUUUUGAUGCAUUUACGUUUAUCAUCCGAUUGCGCCACUGAUUGAAAGCACAAAGAAAACAAGGCAUUCGUAGUACUAGGUUAAUUUAAGACUGUUCGUAGUGAAUUAAAAAAAGAAAAUAAUAAAAAGAAUGGCAACGAUGUUAUUUUUAUGACAUAUUGUCAUGUGAAGGUGUAAAUAUAUGCACCUCUGUUGUAUGCAAAUGGUCACAAGACAGGCCAACGUUUUUUGCUUUGCACUAUAAUUUGCUUUUUUUAAAAAAUGCACAAUCGCUUGUACAGUAAAACCCCUUUGUCUGGCUCACAGAAUAUUUAACUAUAAAAUCUAAUUUUUGGUCUUAUUUGUUAUAAUAAUAUAAUUCUUAAAUGUGUUGAAGGAUCCGAUUCUUAAUAAUGCUUCUAAUACUUGUAUGUGCAGGGUAAAAUAACAACAAACAACUAAGGAGAUGAGAACAAAGAUCUUUGUAGAUAAAGAAGGCUAAAGUUGUUGGUUUUUUUAAUGGUGUCUUCACAAUGGACAUUAAAAAAAAAAUAUGCUAGUGAUACCAAAUAAUGUGGUUAUUUGUGUAAUAUACCAACCCUACUUGAAGGUAAUGCCCUAUAUUUAAUAUGUAGCCCAUCUUUUUAACCUGUAGCACUUGUCACUGGGGAGGGGGGAGGCGGGGAGGGAGGGCGAGGAAGAGGAGGGUCUGCUCCUGUUGAAGUCAUUGGAAGAAGCUCUCGCUGGAGGAGUCUCUGCUGUGCUGGCUUCAAUGAGAACAGAGUUGGGCUCCUUCGUGAGCGGGUGGAAAUCACGUUGGUACGAAGCCAUAGCAAAGAAGUGGUCAGUUCUGCUUUUCUAUUAUCGGUGUCAAUGUUCUUAUCCAAUGUACGUGAUUAUAUCGUCAGGCCUCCGUGUAAUCAUUUUAAUGACUUUCCAUGUGGAAUAAUAAAUGUACGGUUACCAGUC